CUUUAGAAUAUCAGACAUUCGUUCGAUUUUUUAUUUUUCUUUCAGUUAAUUCGAUUUAAAGAGUGGAAUUCUCUUGGGAAAAUUGCAGGGAUGGCUCCCGAUAAGAAACCCAAGAAAGAUGAUUCUAAAAAAUUCAAGAAAAUGAAGAACAAAAACAAGAAGAAGAAGAAGAAGAGCAAGACUGUAAGCACAGUUCCCAUAGAUAACAGAGCAAUUGAUUCUGAAUGGUGGGAUGUUUUUUGGCAUAAGAACUCUACCACACUAGGUUCAAACGAACUAUACGACGAGGAAGAUGGAUUCAAAUAUUUCUUUCGGAUAUCAAAGAAAACUUUUGAGUACAUCUGUUCUCUUGUUAGAGAAGAUCUUAUUUCCAGACCACCUUCGGGUCUCAUCAAUAUUGAAGGAAGGCUCCUCAGUGUCGAGAAGCAAGUUGCUAUUGCGUUGAGAAGAUUGGCUUCUGGCGAAUCCCAAGUUUCUGUUGGAGCUUCCUUUGGAGUAGGACAGUCCACUGUUUCUCAGGUCACUUGGAGAUUUAUCGAGGCCAUGGAAGAACGGGCAAAGCACCAUCUUAAAUGGCCUGAUUCUAAUAAAAUGGAUGAAAUCAAAUCUACAUUUGAAGCAUUAUCGGGAUUACCUAAUUGUUGUGGAGCAAUAGAUGCUACACACGUCAUUAUGACGCUUCCUGCUGUUGAAACUUCAGAUGAUUGGUGUGAUCAAGAAAACAAUUACAGCAUGUUCGUCCAAGGAGUUGUCGAUAACAAGAUGCGAUUUCUGGAUAUCGUGACAGGUUGGCCGGGGGGCAUGCCUAUUUCCCGACUACUAAAGUGUUCGGGAUUUUACAAACUUUGUGAAAGUGGCGAACGGUUAAAUGGAAAGGUCAGGAUGUCGUCUAAGGAAGAGGAGAUUCGAGAAUAUAUAGUGGGUGGUGCUAGUUACCCUCUUCUUCCAUGGCUUAUAACUCCAUACGAAGAUAAUGAUCUUGAAAUUCCUAUGUUAGAACUCAAUCAAAUGCUUGAAGCUGCCCGAGCUGCUGCUGUUAAGGCGUUUUCACAACUGAAAGGUGGUUGGAGAAUCCUAAGUAAGGUUAUGUGGAGGCCCGAUAAGCGGAAACUACCUAGUAUUAUCUUGGUCUGUUGUUUGCUUCAUAAUAUUAUAAUCGACUGUGGAGACAGUUUGCAUCCAGAUGUUGUCUUGUCUGGACAUCACGACUCUGAUUAUCUAGGCCAGAGCAGUAAGCAUGUCGAUCCAAUAGGCAGAACUACUAGAGAAAACAUAACUAAACACUUGCAGCAUUGCAAAAAGAAGGCGUCGUGUGUUCAUACCGUCUAGUGCCUUUGCCAAGCCAACAUCAUUGUACUCGUCAUGGCUUCGUUUUUUGUCCAAGCUUGGUUGAAUGAGUAAUGUCGUCAUUUUUUUGCUCAUCUUAUAGCAUUAUCAUGGUUAUAAUACCUUUGGUUUUUGUAAGAGUACAUCUGUUUAUCUAUGAGGACAAUGCCUGUAAUGGUAUCAGACAUAAGCUCGGGAUUGUUUAAAUUAGAUUAGAGUGACUAUGAUUCCCAUGCUUUUA